GACUGUCUUGAACGCUCCCUUCACCCGUCCCUCUUCCUUCCGUCCCCACGUUGGCGACUGCCAGUAGUAACCCCUUCACCAGCGACUCGUCGCAGCAGGGAGUGACAAACAUGGACGCAGCGCAACACGAAGGUUCGUCUGCCGGCGGCGCGCCUGGCGCCGGCGCACCUCGCCAGGCCGAGCCUACACGCGAAGAAAUGCAAAUCAUCGAAAUGGAGGGCACCUCCGACGACGGUACACACACUACCUCAAGCCGCCAUUCACCUGGCGUGAACGUUAAACAGGCAGAGACCAUGUUCAAUGAUCUCGACAACCGCCUCGCCGGCGAGUCCAAAAACAUGUCCGACAAGGAGAGCGGCGACGACGACUUGGAAAAGGGCACGGACCACAAGGAGCUCUUCAACCUCCGCGACUGGCUCAACGGUGUCCAGGACCAAAAUGAUCAGAUGGGCGUCAAGGGCAAGAAGGUCGGUGUCAGCUGGAAGGACCUUGAGGUCAUCGGCACGGCCUCGAUGGACCUGGCUGUGCCCACGAUUCCCAAGAUGGCCGUCUUUGAGGUCAUUGGCCCCAUCUUUGCCAUCCUCAAGACGUUUGGCAUCAAUCCCGUCAAGCCAAAGGAGCGCCACCUCCUCCAGGGAUUCAACGGCUCCGCCAAGCCGGGCGAGAUGACGCUCGUCCUCGGUCGUCCUGGCUCAGGCUGCAGCACCUUCCUCAAGACGAUUGCCAACAAGCGCAACGGCUUCAUUGCCACCAAGGGCGACGUGCACUACGGAGGCAUCGACGCACAGGAGAUGGACAAGCGCUACAUGGGUCAGGUCGUCUACUCGGAAGAGGACGACAACCACAACGCCACCUUGACGGUGCAGAGGACCAUCGACUUUGCCCUCCGCCUCAAGCAGUCGGCCCAGCGCCUGCCCGAGCACUCCAAGAAGUCGCUCCGUAAGGAGGUCCGCGACGUCUUCCUCAAGAUGUUCGACAUUGAGCACACCAAGCACACCCUUGUCGGCAGCGCCACCGUCCGUGGUGUUUCGGGCGGUGAACGCAAGCGUGUGUCGAUCAUCGAGACCCUUGCUGCCAAUCCCACCGUUGUCAGCUGGGACAACUCGAGCCGCGGUCUCGACGCGUCGACGGCCCUCGACUAUGCAAAGAGCAUGCGCGUCCUGACCGAUGUCACGCAGUGCACCAUGUUUGUCUCGCUCUACCAGGCGUCUGAGAGCAUCUUUGAGCAAUUCGACAAGGUCAUGGUCAUUGACGAUGGUCGCUGCGUCUACUUCGGCCCCCGGCAGCUGGCACGCAACUACUUCAUCAACCUCGGAUUUGCCGACCGACCUCGUCAGACGUCGGCCGACUACGUGACGGGCAUGACGGACAAGUACGAGCGCAUCUUCCAGGAGGGCCGCGACGAGAGCAACGUGCCCUGCUCUCCCGAGCAGCUCGAGGAAGCCUACAAGAAGAGCGACAUCUUUAAGCAGGUCCUUGCCGAUCGCGACGCCUACGACAGCUCCCAGGAGCAACAGGACAAGACGGACGAGUUCCGAACGGCUGUCCGCGACGAGAAGCACCGCGGCGUGGGCAAGAAGAGCCAGUACACCGUCUCGUAUGCCUCGCAGGUUUAUGCACUCUGGCUGCGUUCGAUGCAGAUGAAGCUCGGCGACAAGUUCGACAUCUUCAUGUCCUACGUCACCGCCAUCAUCCUCGCCCUCCUCGUCGGCGGUCUCUUCUUCAACAUGCCCACGACUUCGGCUGGUAUCUUCAUCCGAGGUGGCUGCCUCUUCAUUCUCCUCCUCUUCAACUCGCUCACCGCCUUCGCCGAGCUGCCCACGCAGAUGCUUGGCCGGCCCAUCCUGGCCCGUCAAGCUGGUUUCGCCUUCUUCCGUCCCUCUGCUCAGAUCCUGUCGCAGCUCUUUGCCGAUAUCCCCUUCGGUGUGCCCCGUGCGACCAUCUUCGUCAUCAUCCUCUACUUUAUGUCUGGCCUCCAUCGGUCGGGAGCUGCCUUCUGGGCUGCUUGGCUCAUCGUCGUGGUCUCUUACUACGCAUUCCGAGCCAUGUUCGCCCUCUUUGGCACGGUCACGCGCGACUUCUACAUGGCUGCCCGUCUGGCCGCCAUCGUCAUCACCGUCCUCGUUCUCUGGGCCGGCUACGUUAUUCCGCAGGCAUCGAUGGCCAGGUGGCUCUACUGGAUCAGCUACAUCAACCCCGUCUUCUACGCGUUCGAGGCUUUGAUGAUCAACGAAUUCAAGCGGACCACAUUCACCUGCGCCGGCGGUCAGAUCGUUCCCUCUCAAUUGGAAGGUCUCGCAGCGAACAGGUAUCCCGCCGGUCUCGGCAUUAACCAGGUCUGCACCCUCCCAGGCGCUACACCUGGCUCGACAGUCAUUCCUGGCAUGGCAUACCUCGAGGCCCAGUUCGAUUACCGCGAGGGCCACCUCUGGCGCAACGUGGGCAUCAUCUUUGCCUUCCUCGUCGGCCUCGUCGUCAUCACCUGCGUCGUCAUUGAGCGUCAGGAGCUGGGUGCCUUUGCAUCGGCCAUGACUGUCAAGAACCCCGCGAACAAGGAGGAAAAGAAGCUCAACGAGCGCCUUCUCGCCCGUCGAUCCGGCGAGACCGAAAAGACUGAGGCCAAGCUCGAGGUGUACGGUAAGCCAUUCACAUGGUCCAAGCUCAAGUACACGGUUCCCGUCAAGGGUGGCAAGCGUCAGCUGCUCGACAGUGUCGACGGUUACGUCAAGCCAGGCACGAUGACUGCCCUGAUGGGUGCUUCUGGAGCUGGUAAGACGACACUCCUGGAUGUCCUGGCCGACCGAAAGACGAUCGGUGUCAUUGAAGGCGAGCGUCUGAUUGAAGGCAAGAGGAUCGGCAAGUCGUUCCAGCGUCAAUGUGGUUACGCCGAACAGCAGGACAUUCACGAGCCCAUGUGCACCGUUCGUGAGGCCCUCCGUUUCUCGGCCUACCUCCGUCAAUCGUACGACACGCCAAAGGAGGAGAAGGAUCAGUACGUCGAGGACAUCAUCGAGCUUCUCGAGCUCCACGAGCUCGCCGACGCCAUCAUCGGCUACCCUGGUUUCGGUCUCGGUGUCGGCGACCGCAAGCGAGUCACCAUCGGUGUCGAGCUGGCUGCCAAGCCCUCGAUGCUCCUCUUCCUUGACGAGCCCACCUCGGGUCUCGACGGCCAGUCGGCCUUCACCAUCUGCCGUCUUCUCAGCAAGCUCGCUGCCAACGGUCAGACGAUUCUCUGCACGAUCCACCAGCCUUCUGCCCUUCUCUUCGAGACCUUCGACCGCCUUCUUCUCCUCGAGCGCGGUGGCAAGGUCGUUUACUUUGGACCUGUUGGAAAGGACGGAAAGGACAUCAUCAAGUACUUUGGCGACCGCGGCGCUCACUGCCCCCCAGCCAUCAACCCCGCAGAGUACAUGCUCGACGCCAUUGGAGCUGGUAGCCAGCCGCGUGUGGGAGAAAAGGACUGGGCGGACCACUACCUCGAGUCGGAUUUGUACCAGAGCAACCUCAGGACCAUCGAGCAGAUCAAUGCCGAGGGCGCAAACGUGCCCGAAGAGACCGAUCACCGCAAGGGUGGCGAAUACGCCGCUCCCUGGGCUUACCAGUUCAAAGUUGCCCUCAAGCGAACGAUGCUGUCGACGUGGCGCCAGCCCAGUUACCAGUACACUCGCUUCAUCCAGCACCUCGUCUUUGCCCUCCUCACCGGUCUCCUCUUCCUGCAACUCGACAACUCGCUCGUCACGCUCCAGUACCGCAUCUUUGCCAUCUUCAUGGUCGCCAUCUUGCCCGCCAUCAUCAUGGCGCAGAUCCAGCCCUUCUGGAUCAUGUCGAGGUCGAUCUGGAUCCGAGAAGAGACGUCCAAGACGUUUGACGGUACCGUCUUUGCCGCUACGCAGCUCAUUUCCGAGCUGCCCUACGCGCUGGCCUGCUCGACUGUCUUCUUCAUCCUCCUCUACUACCUCGUCGGCUUCCCCACCGACUCGAACCGAGCCGGCGUGUACUGGGUCGUCGUCUUCCUCACGGAGCUGUUUGCCAUCACUGUAGGCACGAUGAUUGCCUCGUUCUGCGCCAACGCCUACCUGGCCAGUCUGUCGGUGCCCUUCGUCAUCAUCAUUCUCUCCCUCACUUGCGGUGUCCUCUCGCCGCCCAACCAGAUGAGCUCGACGCUCUACUCGGAGUUCUUCUACAACGUCAACCCGAUCCGCUACAGUAUCUCGACGCUCGUCACAAACUGCCUCCACGGGCUGAAGGUCGAGUGCAAGCCAAGAGAAUUCAACAUGUUCCAGCCGCCUCAGGGUCAGACGUGCGGCACCUGGGCUGACGAUUUCGCCAACGUCGCUGGCGGCUACAUCAACAACCCCAACGCGACGGCUGACUGCCAGUACUGCGCCUACAAGGAUGGUGACGCCUUCUUCAAGCCCUUCGGUAUGAACUUUGGCGAACGUGGCCGCGACAUUGGUAUCCUGAUCGCCUUCGUCGCCUUCAACACCAUCAUGACGAUUGGCUUCACCAAGUUCCUCCACUUCUCCAACCGUUAAUUUUAACGCCAACUUAACGCAGAUAGACUUCUUCUUCACCCUUUCCUGUGACAGGCUGCAGUUGUUUCAGUGUACUGUACAUCGUUCUUUUUGCUUUCGCUCUCUCUCUCUCUUUUCGUCCUUAUUUUAAGUUACCCAGCUCUACCACCCCUACUCUUUGUCUAUAUGGCUACUAGAGACAUUGACGAGACGAGCAAAUCGGAUGAUAUUCAACCUCAUCGCUUAAUGUCUAAUGCCGG